AUGUCGUCGAACCGACUUUUCCGCUUCUCGAAGCCAGCAUGGCUCAACAGCGCAACCACCAGAACCGCAGGCGUCUACCUCUCAGGAGCUCUUUUCUCCCUCGGCUUCUUCUUCUUCGUCGACGCCAGCGUCUUCUCGAAAUCCGCACUCAACGGUUCAACCGUACACAUCAAUUUCGUCGACUGGAUCCCGUUCAUCUGCUCGGCGCUGGGGAUGCUGGUGAUCAACAGCAUCGAGAAGUCGCGCUUGUCGGCCGACAGUUUCUCCUACAGCGGGAACGGCGUCGCAUGGAAAGCCCGUACCGUGCUAUUCCUCGGAUUUGCGCUCAUGGCGGGCGGGUUGGCGGGCAGCGUGACGGUCAUGGUGCUCAAGUAUCUGUUCAAGGACUAUGCGCUGCGGACGGUCUACAUGGGCGCGGCGAAUGUCAUCGCUAACGGGCUGGUCAUGCUGAGCUCCGUGAUCUUGUGGGUCAGCCAGAACAUGGAGGAUGAUUAUACCUAUAACUUGCAGCUGUGA